GCCCGAGCAACGGCGCACAGCGGCUAGAGCAGCACAGCACCACAGACCACAACGUCGGCCAACAUGAUCAAGUUCGCAGUUCUGCUGGUUCUCGGGGCGCAGCUCUGCUUGGCUCAACAGUACCCGAGGUACUUCAAGUUCCCCGUUGGAAAAGGUGAUGAGUGCGAGGACCACCAGAUCGGCAAGAGAUUCCCCGUGGGUGCUGUGUGGACCAGCCCUAACUCGGGCUGCAAGCAGAGCCACUGCAUCAAGGAGAACGGUACUCUUUACAUCGACCGCUUCCAGUGCCCGUCGGUCAGGAAGCGGGUGGAUUACAAGAAGCUGAAGGCGGACAAUCUGUUCUGCAGGCUGGCCUGGGUAGACCGCAGGAAGGCGUUUCCGGACUGCUGUCCCCGCCUUGUGUGUAAACGCUACGUUAAGGGCAAGCUGGUCGCUCUCCCUGAGGACGAGUAUCCUUUGCUCUGAAUGCAGUCCAUUGCUUGCGGAAAACGCAUGGUAAACAUGAAAUGAAGGCUUGUUUGUGAUACGAAUGUGAUAUUUCUACCUGCCGAAGACAGUUGCAGACUUGUUAAGUUAUUAUCAUCAAUUGGUUUCCACGAAACAGUAUUUUUGUGGAAUAGUAGCACUGGAGCCCGGUGGCGCUUCAUUUUUGCGUCGUGUUGGAAACAGCUUCCGUUGUUUAUUAACAGCGCAUGCUAGCUUACGCAACCACCUGGGAUUUAAGACAAGGUCUCUUACGGACAUCCCUGACAGUGGUUUAAGUAUGCAUAGUUCGAGUGUGUAUGUAGCUGUCUGUUAGACGUGACUGCAAUUUACUCCGAGUCCGAAACUUCUUGGAACGUAGUUCUGGGACUCGAAGUCAGUGAAUGAGCUCACUGUCGAUUCUGCUGCUGCUCACACGAGCUCACUGUCGAUUCUGCAUGCAUAGUUCCCCAGCGUAGCAACGACAUGACGUGAUGAAAAACUGAAGACCUAGUGGCGGUACGAAAUCCUGCUGCAGGAAGCCUACUGUUGAACUUGAAGCAAUGUUAUCGUAUGUUGAGACGCUACAAAAUAGCAAAAUAAAACAAUGUUUCCA